UGUGUGGGCGUGAGGUGCCAACGGUUCGUAACGCCACGAACAAAUAUUAUUCAUCGAACCAUUUGGAUCAUUCUCAGAGAAGCCAUAUCUGAUACAUACAGCAGCAAGAAGAAGGCGAUAACCUCUCUCUACUUGGCCCAAAAACGUGUUCCAAAAGAGACAACCUACAUAUACUCCUUUCCCAUCUCUUUACCUUUUCUUUAUUCCUCCUCCUCUUCUUCCCCCCUCUCUCUUCUGGUUUUGAUUUAUUUAUUACGAUUCUCUCUCUCUGUGCUUCUGGGUGUGUGUGGGCGUAAUAAUAAGAUAGUUGAAGCUCAAGUGAUUCAGAGGAGAAGGAGAAGAAGAAGAAGAAGAUGACAUGGUGCAACGAGUCAUCAGACGAAGAGGAGCAGAAUAAUAAUAGUAAUAAUAAGGCGAUUCAGAUGAUUAAUUCGCCCUCCAUUGUUACUCCUUUUUCUGCUGCUUCAGUUAAUAAUCAACAAGCCGUCGCAGCAAAACCCUCCGAGAUUCGAACCGUUACUUGCCCUUCAUGCGGCCAUAACAUUCAACUCCAAGAUCAGGCUGGGAUUCAUGAGCUUCCAGGGCUUCCAGCUGGAGUGAAAUUUGAUCCAAACGAUCAAGAAAUAUUGGAGCAUUUGGAGGCCAAAGUUCUGUCUGAUGUGCGUAAGCUUCAUCCUCUCAUUGAUGAGUUCAUUCCAACGCUUGAAGGCGAAAAUGGCAUCUGUUAUACUCACCCAGAAAAGCUUCCAGGGGUAAGCAAAGAUGGACAGAUCCGGCACUUCUUUCACAGGCCUUCAAAGGCAUACACAACAGGAACCAGAAAGAGAAGAAAGGUUCACACAGACGAAGAAGGAAGCGAGACAAGGUGGCACAAAACAGGCAAAACAAGACCAGUCCUAUGUAAUGGUGCCGUCAAAGGUUUCAAGAAGAUCCUCGUUCUCUACACCAACUAUGGCAGACAGAAGAAACCAGAAAAGACCAACUGGGUUAUGCAUCAGUACCACCUGGGAACCAACGAGGAAGAGAAGGAUGGAGAGUUAGUUGUUUCCAAGGUUUUCUUCCAGACACAACCCAGACAAUGUGGUUCCAUUAUGAAGGACCCUUUUGACACAAAAGGGACACUACUAAACAACGAUAAUAACAUCCAUGACAGUACAGCGAUCAUAGGUAAUAAAGAAACAGCCGCAGCUUUUGUGGACUAUUACACUAAUCCUUCUCCUUACAUAAGUUAUGAUCAUCAUUUGGGACAUCAUAGUAACUCAGAAAGCUCUCCUCAACUUAUUCCCAACUUGGUUGUUCAAGGUGACCAUGCCUCUCCCUUCAUUCGUUUAGCUAUGGAUCAUUCCAACAAAGGAAGACUUGACAGAAAAAUGUAGUCCUCACAUGAAAAAUCCAAAGCUUCUUGGUGUGGAUUCUAAUUAAGGUUUGAUCCGAAGCGAAAAAAGAGAUAGAAAUAUAAUAGUAGGUCCCACUUCUGACUUGGGAAUCUUAUAAACCGGAGGCCGACUAUUAUAUAUCUAUCUUUCUCUUUACGUUUGAAAAGGAGUCACAGCAUUAACCGACAAUAUAUCUACAUAUACAUAUAAUUAUGGGAUUUUCUCUUGCAUGUGCUCAUAUUAUGCAUGUAACUAAUGGUCAGAUUUUGGAUCUUUAUGUUGGAAUUUUAUGUGUAUAAUCUGAUCUGUUUAGUGUAUGUACAGUGAGUGCAUGCAAGAGUUAUGUUUUUUCUUUAUUGUAUUAUGAAUAAGUAAAUGUAUUUAUUUGAAUGAGAUUAGAGAAAAAGGGAGCUCUAGGAUUUGGACAUACUUGUAAUUGACCUUUAUGAUUGAAGUUGAGAAAACACAAAGGAUGGAAUGUGUACAGUUAUUAUUCAUAAAAUGAUUGAUGUGCUGUGUAGAUUUUAUUAUGAAA